CAAGUAUCGAAUCUGCGAUUUUCAAUCUCAAAAUAGUGAAACAGCGGCGGUGUGUGAUCGAGCGGCCACCGUGACAGAGGACCAUGACAGACCAAACGAUCAAAGAGCAGAAAUAUGAUCGACAGCUCAGGUUGUGGGGAGAUCAUGGACAAGAAGCGCUUGAAAAUGCCCAUGUUUGUCUCAUCAAUGCCACGGCAUCUGGCACUGAAAUACUCAAGAACCUUGUGCUGCCAGGCAUUGGAGCUUUUACCAUAGUGGAUGGACACAAAGUGUCAGGGGAGGAUGUUGGGAACAACUUUUUUCUCAGUAACAGCAGUAUUGGACAGAACAGAGCUCAGGCUGCUACUGAACUGCUGCAGGAGCUCAACAGAGAUGUGUCUGGAAACUUUGUGGAGGAGAAUCCUGAUAAACUUUUGGACAAUGAUGGGGAGUUUUUUAACAGAUUUAGUCUGGUAAUUGGUGUCCAGCUUCCAGAAAGCACAUGUUUGAGGCUUGGUACUGUGUUAUGGGAGGCUGGUGUGCCAUUCCUUGUGUGUAAGACAUAUGGACUUAUUGGUUACAUGAGGCUGGUUGUGAAAGAACACACAGUAGUUGAGUCUCACCCAGAUAAUGCUUUAGAGGACCUGAGACUAGACCAUCCAUUCUCUGAGCUCAAAAGCCAUGUAGAGUCCUAUGACCUGGACAACAUGGAGAAGAAGAAUCACAGUCAUACACCAUGGAUCAUCGUGGUUGCUAAAUACUUGGAAAAGUGGUGUAGUGAGCACAACUCUCAGUUACCGAAGAAUUAUAAGGAAAAGGAAGCUUUCAGACAACUCAUCAGAGAAGGAACUCUUAAGAAUGAGAACGGAACGCCUGAGGAUGAACAGAACUUUGAGGAAGCAAUCAAGAACGUGAACACAGCUCUGAACCCCACCAAGGUCUCUAGUGCAGUGGAGGACAUAUUUAAUGCUGAGCAGUGUGAAAACAUUACCUCACAGAGCCCAUCCUUCUGGGUUAUGGCUCGUGGGGUGAGGGACUUUGUUCGAAAUGAGGGGAAUGGAAAUCUCCCUGUACGAGGAACCAUCCCAGACAUGAUUGCUGAUUCUGACAAGUUCAUCAGUUUACAAAACAUCUAUAGAGAGAAAGCAAUGACGGACGCAGCAAAGGUGUCCAAACAUGUUGAAUCUUUUCUACAAUCAGUUGGAAAGCCUCCAGAGAGCAUCUCCGAACAGGAAAUAAAGCUCUUUUGUAAGAACGCAGCAUUCCUCAGAGUGGUGCGUUGCAGGUCUUUGGCAGAGGAGUACAGCGUGGACACUUUUACCAAAGAUGAAAUCACAUCCUGUAUGGACAGCCCUGACAGUGAGAUGGUGCUCUACCUCAUGCUCCGCUCAGUCGAUCGUUUCUAUCAGCAACACUCCCGUUACCCAGGUGUCUACAAUUACCAGGUGGAAGAAGACAUUAAUAAACUCAAGCAGUGUGUAAACAGUCUUCUACAGGAGUACAGUCUAAGUGUCAAUGUGAAAGAUGACUACAUCUAUGAGUUCUGCCGUUAUGGAGCUGCUGAGCCACACACAAUCGCAGCUUUUAUGGGAGGAUCAGCAGCUCAAGAAGCCAUUAAAAUCAUCACACACCAGUUUGUUCCUUUCAACAACACGUUCAUCUAUAACGCCAUGUCUCAGACCUCUGCUACUUUUCAGCUAUAGAGCAAUCUUCCCCAUCAGUUUUUUCAUUCCUUAAUCAAAGUGUUACCCUGCUGAAUGCACAAAAUGUUGUAUUUCGGUUAAAUUUUUGCAUCAAAUGGGUGCUCAAGUUUGUUUAAACCUACAUUUGAUUGAUUGUGUUGCACUUAGCUCACACCAGAACUGAUGCUGCAUACUGAAUAAACCAUGUAUCUUCAAAGCUUUUGUGUGGGGUUUGAGAACUCUGCUCACAUGGAUGAAUAUGGUUAAACAGAAGAUUGAAUGUCUCUCUUGUGUCACCAGUGCAGUGGUUUAAGUAUUAUAAUGUAAAACAAAUCUGUUGAUAUGAAGUCACGGUCACAAACCAUGGUGACUUGGCUCAUCUGUGCAGCCCGGCUUAAUGUUACAUUUAGGCACAUAGCAUGACCAGUUUUGGCACUCAGCUGCCUGAAUAAAAAUAAAAGCAGCCUGGCGAAACAAUUUUCAUAAAUGUCCGCACCAGCAAUUUAGCUGUUUAUAUGGUUUUCUUUUUGGAUCGUUCCCUCUGCCAGUAAUCAGAUGAUGUGCCCAGCUUACAUUGUAGAACUGUGACAUUUUUACAUAGUAGCUGGAGAACUACUGUUUUUGUUAUAUCAUUUUUACUCAACAUGUCCCUGCUGUCCUAAGGUCUUUCUGCGGUGAGCUGCUGUUUGAGUAGAUUACAGAGUUAUUUCCUGCUGUAGGGUGGAGUGCUGUGUUUCUAUGGCCUGUCUAAAAGCAGAGUGCAUUCUGUGGUUUGAAGAGAAUAGCUUGGUUUUCCUCAUGGGGAGUCUAGACGGAGGAAAGACACAAUAAGUGGCACAUAAACUUGUUCUAUUUUCAACCAUCCUCAAAUCUUGUAUCCUCUUUGAAAGCCCUCUUAGUUUAUCCAGGAAUACUACUCCUCUCUGUACAUUCGUGUGUGUUUUAAAGCCCAAAUCCAGUGGAGGGCACCCAUCCCCUUAUUUACAAUGUACUUUUUUUGUUGUUGUUUGUUUGCAUGCACAUUCCAUUGAAGAGUGAAUAAUUCAUAGCUGUAGGCUCUCCUUAAAUUUAUCUUUCAAGGAGGACGAUGUUAAUAAGGAACCAGGCCAUGUUGAUCAGUUACUACUUCAUUGUUUUCCCAGGGACUGGUUCUGUAAAAUGUUCAUAACAUUCUCAUCUCACUCACAUAUAAAUAGAUGACGAGUUAUGAAACUUUUUCUGUGACACGUGAGGAUAGUGCUCUCUAUCUAGGCCAUGUUUAUGAAUGCUGAAGGAUUGUUGUGUUCUGCCUGCAGCUUUAUCAACCGAAUGGAAAUUGCCCAAAGGAGAUGUACCCCUUCUGGACCAAACGUGACAUUGAAAGUAUAUCAAGUCUUUCCCUGUCCAUCUAGCAAAUCGAAGAGAAGCCCCUUUUGCAAUAUGGUGUCCAUAUUCAUUGUUCCCUUUGUACCGCAAUGACUGUUUUUGUAAAAGUUCAUGACCUUGGUUCUCUCAGUAGCUAAAUUAGAUUUUUAGUCAGGCUCAUUACCUGCCGUAAAUAGAAAAUUCACUUUUACCACCUCACCAAUAUUGGCUCUGCUUGCUGGUUCUGCUAGACUAAUAAACAUGCGGAAGUUCAGUUUCACAUGGUUAUGUGUUUUUCUUUGGAUUGCCUUUUUCCACAACAUAAAUCCUGCUGUAAUAUGGAUGAACAUUAAAAUGGACUGAAUAUUUGUCCCUCAGUAGCAGCUGUAAUCAUAUAGGUACAAAAAAUCAUAAACUAUUUAGCAUAUUUUUUUUCUCAAGUCUCUCUUUUCUUAGAUGUUUAGACUUAGACAUUUCUCGUUCAAAUCUUCCAAAACGAAUUGAACUAAUGCUAUCCACUGCAACCGAAUAGAUUAUUCGACUCUGUAUUUUCUCUAUGUCAGUGAUUUGCUUAUUUGUUUCUUUAGACAAUAUUGAUGCUGAAAUGAGACAUUGAGAGCUACAUGUAAGAGCUCCAUUAGGUCUCUUGAUCUAAAAAUGUCAACCUCUGAACAAUAGGAUUUUCCUUUGGGGUGGAAGAAGAUAAGGAACAACAGAGAGCCAUAGAUCCAAAAUGUGAAGAGAAGGAAGUUCAGUCCUGGAGUGCAGUGUGCCAUGCAGCUGUAUCAACAUUGCCAAAGCGUCAAGUGGAGCAAACCAUUACAAACAUGUCAAUGUGGUUUCAAUUAGAUUAAUGCAUUAACUUUGCAACAGAUCCUCACCUCAUGCUCUUUCCCUCACUGUGCAUGGUAUUUAAAAGGCUGCCACUCACAUUCUUUGUGCAAUUAUUAUCAUAACAACACUGAUCUCCAGGCUUUGCAUAAUGUUCUUCAGGAUGUUGCAUGGAAAGUAAUUUACAUCCUCGCAUGAUGCUGUACCAAACCUAGAUAUCCAUGUCCAGAAUCCAUUUCCUUUGGAUUCUGGCAGAACUGCUGAACAGGGCAGCACUUCAUCAUUAAUAUGGAUUCCAGAAUCCCAGAUCCAUUCAGAGGUGACAUAAAGCCUCUCAUAAAUGCCCUGCUAUAAUAUCAGUACAUUUAGUCACAUGCAUACUGCAUUCAUUCUCCAGUGUCUUAUCUGCCAUGUGAGCUGGAUUUUAGGUGGUGCGUUAUCUGACUCACAGGAGGAGGGGUGAACAAUAGAUGAGGUGGCCAUGUUUGUGUGGUCAGCCUUGUUAUGUGAAAAUCAAUGGGCCAAUUUUGAGCACUGACACAGCACAAGUGAUUUUUUGUUCUAUCCAUUUUCUG